UCCACCACCAUUCACAACAACAACGUAUUUUCAGGAACAACAAUGAUGUCGUCGUGUAAUUCUUCUCCGUGUGCAGCGUGCAAGAUUCAGCGUCGAAAAUGCACUAAGGAAUGCAUUUUUGCACCCUAUUUUCCGCCGGAAAAUCCUCAAAAGUUUACCUACGUCCACAAAGUCUUCGGUGCUAGCAACGUGGCAAAGUUACUCAACGAGGUUGAUGCUUCUCAACGUGAAGAUGCUGUUAAGUCUUUAGCUUAUGAAGCAGAAGCGCGUUUGAGAGAUCCUGUUUAUGGUUGUGUUGGUCUUAUUUCACAUCUUCAGAAUAAGCUUAAGAAUUUGCAGAAUGAACUUAACGUUGCUAAGAAAGAACUUGCUACUUAUGUUGGUCCUCAGAUCAUGCUUCCUACUCCGAUGACGGCGGUGUCGAGUUCUUAUUUUUCUGUUACUUCUUCUUCUGUUCAUCAACAGCGUCAAGAGUUUUUCACUUUCAAUGCUGAAAACUCGUUUUCUAAUAACUUUCAGAUGAACCCUUUUCAGAAUCAGUUAAUGGUUUCAUCAUCACAGGCACAAUCUUCACAACCCAUCAACCCAUUUUUGUCAAAGAAGGUUUUCAAGGCUGAAAGGGACAACCUUGGAGAGGGUAUGAUCACUCUUAAUCCUUACCGGUUUGAGGCAAACAAGUGCAAAGAACCAAAAAGUGAUACAAGUUUGCAGUAUAAGAAAGGAGGCUGGGAGAGAUAUAUAGGGUGUCCUCGUGUUUGUAAUGCAACUUCUCUUGAGGCAGAAUUUUGUGCUUGUCUAUUUGCUAUGGAAAGGGCUUCUGAGAUGUGUUAUGAGGAUAUUUGGAUAGAGACUGAUUCUCUGAGUGUGGUAAAGGCUUACAAUACAGGUGAAGGUGUUCCUUGGCGUAUGCAAGCUAGAUGA